GUUUUGCAGUACAAAUAGCUUUGCAGUAUUUAAGCCAAAAUAGCAUCCUUCUAACAUCAGAUGCUGCCAAGAACCACAGAGAACUAGAACAUGUAUAACAGAGGAGAUGACAAUAAAUCGGACUUGACUUGAUGUUCUCAUAUCAAGAGGCUAUACUGGACAAGUUGCACUAUUAAAGAAUGCAUCUAGUCUAGAUUUCCAAUUAUGCUUUCUUUUAACAGCAACAGAGAUAAAACGUCAAACUGAAUGGAAAUAUGACAGAUUUCUAUCAAAGGACUCCCCCGUUUCUGAUCCAGUUGCAGAGCAUUUUGAGAAAAUACCCUGAUGGUGGGCAGAUUCUUAAGGAGUUGCUUCAGAAUGCAGAUGAUGCCAAAGCCAGCCAAGUGAUUUUCAUUUAUGAUGAAAGAGAAUAUGGCACAGAUACCCUAUAUUCAGAGGAUCUCCACAGCAUCCAAGGCCCUGCUCUUGUAGUAUAUAAUAAUGAGGUGUUUUCUGAAAGUGACUGGAAAGGAAUCCAGACACCAGGAAAUAGCAUUAAGCGCAAAGAUCCGAACACUGUUGGAAGAUUUGGUCUUGGGUUCAACUCAGUGUAUCACAUUACAGACUACCCUGCCAUCUUUAGUGGGAACUAUGUUGGAAUUCUGGACCCUCAAGAAUCCAUUCACCAUGGAAAAGGCAUCUUGUGGAAUCUCGAGAACAAUAUGGAGAGCAUAAAAGAGCUGACUGACCAGUUUCUCCCUUUUCGCAGGGUCUUGGAAGACACUGGUCUUGGAUCAUGGAAUGAAAUUCUUAAUGCUGGAUGUUUUCAGGGGACUCUCUUCCGUUUCCCUCUUAGAGUGAAACCGUCUGAAAUCUCUGAAAAUACCUACAGUUCAGAGAAGGUGCAGGAGCUCUUUGAAUCCUUCAUAACGGAUGCAGGCAUCAGCCUUCUUUUCCUUCGACACGUUAACACUGUUUCCCUACAAAGGAUUGGAAGUGACGGUGUGGUGAUACAUUUGCUUACAGUCAGUGUAUCUACUCAAACAAUAGCUAGCACAAAAUCAGAUAAUAUUACCACGGAAAGUCAUCUAAAAAUUACCUCUCUUAAGGACUUUGAUGGAGUAAAGGAAUGUACGUGGUUGGUGCAAACCAGUACAGCUCACGGAAGUCUAUUUACAGACCUGAUUGAACUAAGUGAGAAGUUGAGUAACAAACCGUCUCUUGAUCUAGCAUAUCCAUUAAACACGCAGGACACUGAUGUCUAUGCGGGACGUCUGAGCUGUGUUCUGCCACUUCCAGACAAAGAAGAAAACCAAACUGGCCUCCCUGUGGUCAUCAAUGGGUGUUUUGAUCUAACAGAUGACAGAAGAAGCAUGAAAUGGCUUGAAAUUGAUCAACAGCACGAUAAUGCCGCCAAAUGGAACCAUAUUUUAGUACAUAACCUUUUACCACUUGUUUAUAUAUGUGCUGUAAAGGAUGCUGUCGCUUUGGUGAAGAUGUCCAAGAUCACAACUGAUAUGGCCUAUGGUAUAUGGCCAAAUCCAGAGAAGACCAAAUUCAAAGACAAAUGGUAUAGCAUUACCAAGCAAAUUGCACAGCUUCUUCUGUGUGAGAGUUUUCUGCAAACAGCCGAUAAUUCCGAUUGGAUAACUGCAUCUAGAGCUAUAUUUGUUUUUAAUAUUGAAGACAAUGACCUCCAGAACUGUAUAGAAGAAGUUCUUCUUUUUCUGAAACAACCUCUUGUAAGAAUUCCAGAACACAUUCAAAAAACCCUAGAGUUAGCAGAGAAUAAUACUGGAAUGCUAAAUAGUGUAACUCCAUCUUUCAUUCGGAUGAUUUUGAAAAGUGGUAAUUGGAACACAAUUCCUAAUGAACACAAAAUGCUUCUUCUCAGAUAUGUUCUCAGUGAUGGCCAAUAUGAUGAUCUGCUGAACCUUCAGCUCCUCCCUUUAGCUGAUGGGACAUUUACAAGCUUUCAAAACUCAGACAGUGCUGACACUGUUUACAUAGACAGCCAAGACUUCCCAAGAAUUUUAUUGCCUGGGAUUUUGCAUAGAUUUCUACCACCAAAUCUUCCUAAGGAUAUACUUUCUCAUCUCAGCAAUAUUGGAUCAAAGAGAAUAUUCAGAAACCUUCUCGAAUUAAAUGAAGACAUAAUAAUACACAGUCUGAGUGAAGCACUCCCAAAAUCUUGGCUUAGAUGUCACGACCAAGUCCUCUGGAAUCCAGAAGAUCCAAAUCACCCACCCUCUGACUGGCUCAGUACUUUCUGGAAAUUUCUUCAACGCUAUGAAAAUAAUUUAAGCUUUUUUGAAAAUCAUCCACUGUUGCCUCUGAAUCUUAUUGAAGAAGGUUGUACUGACAUUCACCUGGCCAGGCUGAAAAUAAAGACUACUUUACUUUUUCAGAAAAGAGAAGGGAAUAACUUGACUGAAAACAUGACAAACAUUCUUGAACAACUUGGCUGUACUGUAAUAAGAGAAGCAAACACAUGGUUGUGGCAUAAAAACCUUUCCAGCUAUAUUCUUGUGCCCACUCCAAACAAUAUUCUAAAGGUAUUUUCCAACCUAGACUUAAAUAAACUUUUACAGACUUUUACCUGCAUGUCUGAAGAAAGUAUAAAGGAGUUCAUUGAGUGCCUUUCUCAAGCAUACACCUUUACUGCUCCAGAACUAGACAUUCUGUGCCAACUACCCAUUUUUUAUCCCAUGACUUCCUUAGAAUGCUCUGAUUCUAGACUGGUACCUGCUUGUGACUUAUGUGCAGUGGAGAAGAACACUUUCCCAGCUGUGCCGGAAAACCUUUUGUACCCAAAAACCCUCAUAAAAUGCAGAGAUGAAGCUGACUGCAGACUCUUGCAACAAAUGAACAUACAUUUUCUAAAUGCACCUACAGUUGCUUUAUUGUUGGGGAAAACCAUUGAGCUUGGCUGGUAUAAAAACAAUCAACAGGAUGCACAGAAUGCAAUCUUAUGGAUUCUGAGAAAUGGAGAUGCACUCUUCAUACAGAAUUCUGAACUGCCCAGCCUUUUAGAAAAUCUUGCCUUCGUCCCUUGCAAUGGAGCAUUGGUAACACCAUCAGAUCUUUUUGAUCCUUCAGUAAAAUUGUUUAAUGAUUUGUUUGGACCGCACCAAUUUCCACCUGCAGAUUACCAGGAAGAGACAAUUUUGAGAACUUUAAGAACUCUGGGUUUAAAACAUCAAAUACACAAAAUCUCUGUGAGUGAUGUUAUACAAAUUGCUGUCGAAGUAAGCCAAAAACAAGAUCAUUUGUCAGUGAAGAAAUCCAAAGCUCUUAUUCAGGUUUGCAAUGAUACUGCAGUUUUAUACACCAUUAAUAUGUAUGAAAACCAGUUGCGUAGCCUUGCUUGGGUCCCUAUAGACUCAGAUACCAGAUUCAUUGAGCCAGAAAAGAUCCGAAACCUAAAGUACAGUGACAUUGUGGAGUUUUCAAUGCCUCUAUCAGGUGAAUUUAAUGAAGUUGCAAGCCUUAUUCUUGGCCUUAAUGAUUUACCUCCCUCUGAAAAAGUUGUUGAAAAUCUUACAACCCUUACUCAAAAAUAUCAGAGCCAAGAUCCACACUCCCUACUGAUAAAAUUGCACAACAUCUAUCACUAUGUCCAGAUCAACAUAAAGCAGUUUUGUGAUUCUCUUUUAUCCAACCUAAGCAUUUGGAAUGGAGAUGGAUUCUCUUACCCAACUGAGAUAGUUUUGGUUUACCCUGAUGGUUUAGAUUUAAGUUCUAUGGUUAAAAAAGUUACGCCAGACUUUCUUAUCUACAAAAAUCUUUUUAUUAAGUGUGGCGUGCGCCAAACUCUAACAGAGACUGAAGUGAUUAACAUUCUUUAUGUUUUGGAGAGCAACAUAGAGUCCAGAGAGUCUCUAUCUGGUACACAUGAAGAAAAACAGCUGGCAAUAUCCAUCCUUGAUUGGAUGAAGACAAAUUCUGUUCAUGGAAAGGAAGAUCUUCCUAUUCCAGUACAGAAAUACAAGAAUACAUUUUGUCUGAAACCUCUUUCUACUACUCUGUUCUGUGAUAUGGAUAAGAAGCAUUUAAAAGACAUCUCUUCUUCUGGCUCUGAUUUCAACAUUGUCCAUGAAGAUCUUUCUCAAGCUACUGCUAAGUAUUUAGACAUCCCCUUACUAAGUACAAAAAUAUUAAAGCCAGAGUUUUUUGAGCCAUGGGGACCCUCUGAGCCCAUCACUGUUAGAAUUAAAAAUAUCCUGAGAGAAUACAGUGAGAGUGUAGAUAUUUUUAAAGAACUGAUACAAAAUGCAGACGAUGCUGAAGCUACAGUAUGUGAAUUUCUAGUUGACAUGAGGCAAAAUGCCACAUCACAGCAGAGUCUGAUAGAUCCUGAUAUGGCCAAAUGUCACGGACCAGCACUCUGGUCUUAUAACAACAGAUCGUUCACAGAUAAUGAUUUCCAUAAUAUCACUCGUGUGGGAGCAGCUACAAAGGAGACUGAAAUUAAAAAAAUUGGGAAAUUUGGCUUGGGCUUUAAUACAGUGUAUCUCAUUACAGACAUACCUUUAAUAAUGAGUGGGUCACAUGUUGUCAUAUUUGACCCAAAUGUCAACCACAUUAGGAAACACAUUCCCAAUGACUGCAACCCUGGAAUCAAGCUGAACCUCAAAAUGAAACCUGAAAUUCUUCACAUAUUUCCUGAUCAGUUCCAGCCAUUUUCCACUGUGUUUGGCUGUGAGCUUAAGCAGCCAUUCCAUUAUGAUGGGACUCUUAUUCGCCUGCCUUUCCGGACAGAAAAGGAGGCCAACAUGUCUCAAAUUUGCAAACAGGCUUGUAGUGAAGAACAGAUAGAAAUCUUGAUUAUGAGGUUUGAAGAAACUACAGAUACUUUGCUUGUAUUUCUAAGAAAUGUGCAGGUCUUAACGAUACAGUUUCUUGGUAAAGAUCUUUGUCCUGGAGAUCAGUUGUUAAGAGCUAGUGUUCAAAAAGACAAUGUGCUGAGACUGGAUGUGCCUCCUGAUAUCCUUCUACAGCAGCAAAUAAAUACAUCUCAGCUGCUAGGAAUACAAAUGAAUGACUUAGACAUUGCUGUGUCAAACAUCAUCAAAAUAACUGUUCAGCCGAUUACAAAAACAAAUGAGAAAUAUUACCUGCUACAAUCCAGUCUUGGAAUAGAAGCAUCCAUCCAUAUGUUCUCUCAAAAGAAAUCCUUUAUAUGCCCCCUUCCUUUUGCUGGAGUGGCGCUCCCUUUAAAAAAACACAACAACACUGUAAAAUGGGCACCUGAUUUAAAGAACUUUAAUGGGAUGGUCUUCUGUUUCUUACCGCUUCCCAUUUCCACCGGGCUUCCUUUUCAUCUGAAUGGAUGUUUUGCAGUUAUGUCAAAUCGGAAGGGAUUAUGGGACACAACAGAAAAGGGAGAAUGGAAUCAGAGAUUGCUUACUGAUGCAGCUUUAGUUGCGUUGAUAACUGCACUGUCACAAUUGCAGAUACUGAAUCAACAAGGUGAUUUACAGGACUAUUGUUAUUACACGUUUUGGCCGGAUGUCACAAAGGUAAACACCCAGUACAAAGAAUUAUCAAAAUCAUUUUAUCAAGCUUUGACCUUUGGAAUUUCUGACAGUUUCCCUGCUCUUUUUAGCAACGGGCAGGAAUCUUGCACAAUAAAAUAUGCAUGUUUUCUAAAAUUAGGCCCUACCCUAGAUCAGAGCAUUUAUAGCCUGGCCCAAAAAAUCUUCUCUUUGUUCCUGAAGAAACCAUAUCUUGCAGUCCCCCUACCAGAAUGGGUGGUAAAAGGUUUCAUAGUCAGCAACUGUGUCAGUGAACUUAAACAUUGUAUUUACAAUUGUGAAAGGUUCUACGCAGAAAUUGUGUUUGAAAAUCUGAACUUCUUGGAUACUGAAGACAGAAACAUGCUCAUUAUUUAUGCCAUUAAAAAGCAGGAAAAAUAUCUGGAUAAUCUGCUGGUUUCUAAGCCUUGCAUUCCAACGUCAUGUUCUGGAAAAUUACAAUUCAUUGGGAAACUGGUUCAGCCAAAAAGCAAAGUUGCAGUACUGUAUGACCAAGAGGAAGGAUGUUUUCCUCAGGGAUCUGACUUUCUGCACCCUCAUGUAUUAUCCCGUUUGGAGGAUUUAGGCAUGAUUAAAGACAGACUUUCCAUGCAAGAAAUUAUUCAGAGGGCCUGUAAAAUACAAAUUGUUUGGAAGAAUGAUAGAACCAAGGCAUUAAAACAAAUCUGUUGUGUGUUAGAAUUACUAAAUGACCUACAUGAGCAUUUGUCCGAUAGCCAAUACCAGGAAACCUUCAGGAACAUCCUAUUUCUUCCUGCCAUACCUCCUGACAGAAAACCUGAUGGCAUAACAGAUCUACAAUUAUACAAAUCUGAAGAUCUUUUUCAUUACAAACACAAAGAGCUGGUACACUUGAGUAAACCAGUUCUCAGUGAAGAACAUGUAGGCAAAAUGGCUGGCAAAAUUGUGACAUUCUUAGGUCUGGAUCGGUUUCCUCCUUAUCAUUUGGUACUGUUACAGUUGCUGGAAGCUAACAAAAACUCGGGAUUAUUAAGCAACCAUCAACUGUCAUGUGUGGCAAAAAAAUGCUAUUACUAUUUAAACCAACUGUUACAAAGAGAUCCAAGCAAGAGUGUGGCUAUAAGAAAGCAAACAUUAGACAAGGCUAUAAUUUACACUACUAAAGUAUUUGUAUCUGUGGGAUUCGUUGCACACAAAAUGCCCUUUGAUGCAUCCCCAUAUUUAUAUCAGUUGCCUUUGGAAUAUCAAGAGUUUAAUAUAUUAUGGGACUGUCUGGGUAUUAGAGAGGAGUUUUCCAUCCAAACCUACUUUAAAUUACUUGAAAUGAUGGCGCUAAUGUAUAAUGGGUCUCCUCUGCCAGCAAAAGAACUACAAGUUGCUCUGCGUUUAAUUCUUAACAGUGCAGAGAAAAUACCUGAUGAUUUGUCCUGUAUAUCUACAGACAUGAAAAUAUUUGUUCCAGACAUUCACUGUGUGCUAAGAGAGGCAAAUCACUUGUACUUUAACGAUACUCCAUGGCUAGCCAGUGAUGAUAACUUAGAUGAUGUAUUCCAUUUUUGCCAUGAUAUGAUUCCACGGCCGGUGGCUUUAAAAUUAGGGAUAGAAACAAAAAUUCACCAUAUGCUGAACACACUGAAAAUAUCAAAUCUUUCCCCCUGGGGUUCCCAGUUUGGGGCGAAGGAGGAGCUCACAACACGCCUCAAGAACAUAUUAAGGGAAUACUCAACACAGAAGGACAUACUAAAGGAACUAAUUCAGAAUGCAGAUGACGCAGAAGCCACUGAAAUCCACUUUGUUCUGGACAGUAGAACUCACCAAGCAACAAGUACAUUUGGUUCUGAAUGGAACCCACUACAUGGCCCAGCUCUCUGCAUUUACAAUAAUCAAACAUUUGACCCUAAGGACGUUGAAGGCAUUCAGCUUUUAGGCACAGGUGGCAAAAGGGGCCUGGCAGACAAAACUGGGAGGUUUGGGACUGGAUUCAAUUCUGUCUAUCACAUAACAGACUGCCCUUCUUUUUUGACUGGAGAUAAAAUCAUGUGUGUCUUUGAUCCCAAUCUAAAUUUUUUACCGUCUUCUACAGUUGAUAGUCCAGGGGGGAUGUUCAGUGUAAAUGACAGGUUCAAGGACACAUUUAAAGAUGUAUACAACACUUUUCUUCCCUCUGUGUUUAAUCUUCAAGCAGGUACCUUUUUUCGCUUGCCUCUAAGGAUGGCAAAUACAGUGGCAAUGUCCAAGAUAAGUAACCAGACAGUAUCACUGGAAAACAUCAGAAAUAUGUGCAGAGAAUUGGAAGAGGAUGCAGACAGCAUGAUACUGUUCUUAAAUAACAUCAAAACAAUAACUUUCUCUGAAAUCUCAGAUGCCAGGGGGGUUAGGGAAAUCAUGCACAUUAAAUCAGAGUUUAGAAAUCUCGGUAAAUCGGAACAGAUUCCUUUUCAAGAAAUGCUCUCAAAGGUUGUUGAGAAUGACAUUUCUGAGAUACUGCCUGUCAGAGCGACAUAUCUGACAGAAAUAAAAUGCAGCAGCUAUAACAAUCCACAUAAGUGGCUUUUGGUUAAACAAAUUGGAACUGAAGGGGAGGACAAUAUGGCUAAUGUACAAAAAAUGUCUCGACUUUUGCACGAAAAAAUGAUUCCACUUGGCUGCGUAGCUGUUGGUUUAAAUGUGAAUACUGAAGGUAGGGCUUUCUGUACCUUGCCUCUUCCUGUAAAUACUGGACUGUCUGCACAUAUCAGUGGAAACUUUAUGGUGGAUUCAUCACGCAGGGACAUUUGCAGUGAGGAUGGCAGAAGUCCUAAAACUAAUUGGAAUAUAUUUAUUCUCACUAAGGUCAUUGGUCCACUUUACUCCUACCUCCUUAACUUGAUAAAAGACAUGUUUGGGAAUACAGAACCUCUACAGUUCAAGAACUGGCUAUCCUAUACAGAUUUCUUAGAGAGAUAUUUAAGUUUUUUCCCAUACAUAACAGCAUCUGUACCUCCCUUAUGGCAGAAGUUGGUUCGACAGGUCUAUCAAACUAUAUCCCAAGAGCAAUUUAAACUUAUCCCCAUCUACAAGAAACAGGAUAAAGUUAUAUUUGUAGAGUGGUCAAGCCUUGGCCAAAGUUCUAUAUCUGAAGCUCCAUGUUUUCACCUAUGUAAUGGAGAUACCGAUGUUACUCUUCUUUUGCAAAGUAUGAACAUGAAACUUGCUGUUGGCAAAUCCCUCCAUGCUAUAUAUAAAGAAUUUAAAGAAUCUGAUAUUAAUGUCAUGGAGUUAAGUCCAAAAACUCUCUGCAACUUUCUAAGGCACGUUCCCAUUCAUCCACAAGGUAACAGCCUACCAACGCCCGUUUGUGAGACAAUUCUCAGAGAAAUCAAAAACUGCAAAUUACUGGUACAUUAUUGCUUGGAGGUUUAUACAAGAAAAGCCCAGGGGUUGGAUCUUAUUGGCAUUCCUCUUUUGGUGACUGAGGACGGCAUGCUUCGAUAUUUCAACAGAGAGAAGCCUUGUUUUUACACAAAGUUUUAUAAACUAUUUCCAGACCACAGUAAUAGAUUUGCAAAAGAUUAUGGCUUGGAAACAAAACUGUUAAUUGAUAUAGGCCUCUUGCAGAAUUUAACAUAUGAGGGCACAUAUCAUUUUAUCACUGAGUUUCUGGGUCCUGCAUUUAAAACAUCUGGAAAAAUAAACAUUAACCAAACAAAGUCCCACAUAUGUAAAGAGUGGCUAAAAAUGUUAUGGAGUUUCUUUGAAAAUGAACUGCAACUCUACCAAGAAAAGCAAAUCUUUAAAAAGAAUUUUGAAAAAAUCCAAAAUCUGUUUCAAGACUGGGCCAUUCUGCCAGUGACUUAUAAAAUGCAUCCCAACGAGAUUACUCUUCUUCCACUAAGGGGUGUAAAUACAAUUCUUGCUAAUUGUACAGGUGAAGUGGAAAAAUGCCUCUUUAACUUAGGAUUUCCUGUUGUAGAUUCUACAAUAGUCUCUCAUCAGAUGAUAAUCAUCCACAUGGACUUUUAUUUACUGAAAACCAAAAGUUGCAUUUCAGUGGUUCAGAAACUAUCUUCAGAAAGGGAUUUGAAUUGGACAAUUCUUAAAGAAGGAGAAAUGGAUACACUUUUAAGCUAUUUCAUAGAAGGCCUCAGAACCAAUAAUAAAAUCAUUUACCAAUUACAAGAUUUACCCUUGUUUGAGACUCAUAGUGGGGACAGACGAUGUUUAAGUGCAUACAAACACAAGCAUAUUUUGGAUGUGUCUCAUUUAGUAGCCAGAACAUUUUUUGAACUAGAUUGUCAAACAGUGUUCCUGAAGAGAACUAAAGCAAAUACAGAAUUAUCUCAGUAUCUAAAUAUUACUUUUCUGGAUGAACAUGAUUUUCUGCUGAAGUUUAUUCUCCGCCGGUUUCAAUUGCUUUCGCAGAAUGAAGUCUUACAGAUUCUUGGCUAUGUUCUGGAUGUUCCUGAUGAUAGUAAAUAUAAUGAGAUAACCAAAGCUCUAAAACCAUUACCUUUUAUUAGAGACAGACAAGGAGAGCUUCAAAAUGCUGCCUUUUUCUAUGAUUCGAGGAUUAAUUUGUUCUCUACCUUCCGACUGCAGUCUAGGUUUAUACCUGAUGAACUGAUAGAAAAGUUUGAAAGUCGACAAAGGCAACUUUUUAGAUUAUUAAAAGAUCUUGGGAUGCAUAGUGAACCCACAGAAGAGGAUUUCAUUUGUUUUGCAACCAUAAUUCAAGAAGAGGAAGCAGCUGGCAUCUCUCUUGAACUGCUUUCACCAAAGAUUAAAGAACUGCUUGAAAACAUACUUUCCCUGGAUGAAACAAAAAUAACCAGAAAAUUUGCCAAUGAGUUGGGAAGUAUUGCGUUUUUGAUCCCACUAAAAGUCUGUAAUGAUUUAAAAAGUCUGCACCCGCCAUAUGCAAAGCAAAAUGUUUUGGUUCCUUUAAAUGGAUCUCUACUCAAGCAGAAGAAAGACGAUGAAUUAGUGGCUUGGACAUCAAUGAGCCUCCUUGGAGUAAAGAAUUAUCUAAACCAUAAAGACAUACAGCUGCUGAAAAGAUUUGGACUUCUGUGCAAACCUCCACUUUGCAAUAUUGUCAUAAACCUAAAAAAUGUCUGUAACUCUCGUUGUGAUAGCAAAAAGCUACUGCAAAUCAGACGUGAAAUACUUAUUGCUACCUACCAUGCACUUCAGGAAGAACAACAAUUUAAUGUUGGAUCCUUGACCGAGGUUCCUUUCAUCUUAGUUAAUGGCGAUGCCUUAGCACAACCUAAUAUGGUUGUUUUUAAUCUGCCCUAUGAUGAACGAUUUGAACCUUAUUUAUUCAAAUUACCAAAAAAUCUUUUACGUUAUACCGAGUUUUUCCAGAAAGCUGGAGUAGAGGCUGAAGCAACUGUAUUUCAUUAUGCCAAUGUCCUUUCUACAGUGUAUGAAGAAACAUUGAACAAAACAUCACUGCACUCUAACCUUAAAAGGACUGUUGCUGAAGCUACUAGGCAACUUUUCAAAAUUCUGGAAGAGGAGAAACCAAACAACAUACACAAACUUAAACAGCUGCAUCUUCCCGGUACAGAUGGAAAACUUUAUGAUAGUUCUACGCUUGUCUUAUUGAACUGCCAUUUCAUGGCAACAGAGAAGCUGAGUGACACAUUCAAAUUUUGCAAUCUUGACUGUGUAAAGCCAAAUAUGGACCUAUACCAACAAGAAAGUCUUAUCAAGCUUUUGCCUGAUAAAAUCCGUCCAAAACUUCUUUCACAAAUCACUGAACAGUGUAUCGAUGUUAACAGCAUUGCUUUUUGCACAUAUGAAGAAAACUGUGAGUUGUGGAGCGACUUUGAUAGGAUCCUCAACUCUCCAGAAUUUCAGGAGGGUCUUGUUGAUCUCUUAAGGAGCCAGUACAAUGGAAAGAUAACUGAAGAGUGUGCCGCACAAAAAUGUAAAGCUGUACUAGAAAAACUCGAGAUCAAAUGCUGUCUUAAUCUGCAAACCAUUCUGAAGCAUGAUGGUGAUAUAAUAAAAGGCACUAAUGUAUCAAAAGAGAUUAGCGUCACAGUGGGAACAAAUGGUCAGUGUCAGAUUUAUUUCGUUCAUAAGGACAAUAUUUACCAAACAAAUAUUGUUAAAAUCAUAAGUACCUUUGCAGAGGAAAUGAAUAAUAUCAUGCAAAAUGUCUUUUCACAAAAAUCAUUAUCAAUUCUCAUGCAAAUGUUAAGCUGCAAACAUCCUGAUGAGAUUAAGAAGAUUUUGAAGGAGAAGGGCAUAUGGAUGAAAAGAAUUAUGAGGCACCAUCAGCUUUCUCUGUCAGAUCCAGGAGAACCCAUCCCUAGUGAAUGGUAUGAAUUUCUCAACAUGAAUAUUCUGAAUAGUUUUAGAGUUGGUGACUUUGUUGGGUACAUGUGCCCUUCAGAUGAAGACUUAUAUCUCUAUGCUGUUAUAGUUGAAGAACUGGAUGCUAAAACCUAUGCAAACUGCGAAAUCAACAUGUAUCGUAUCCAACGAGGCCAAGAUAUAUUUGAUGAUGUAAGCAUCCUCGAUUUGUACCAAUUUAAAAGGAACAUCAUCCAAAAGAACAAUGCAUUAGUAUUAGUUGAGGAUACAACACAAGCAGAUGAAAAGGAUGAGAAAUGGUAUGACCUUCCCACUGAAGAUAUAAAAAAGGAAAUUAACAUGCACUUGAGCAAACUAUGGGAGCUACCAGAAACUGAGAGGAAAAAGGCAAUCAGAAGACUUUAUCUAAAGUACCAUCCAGACAAGAACAGAAGACAAGAGAAACUUGCUACAGAAAUGUGCAAAUACAUCCAGAAAAGGAUUGAAGAGCUUGAGGCUGGAAAGAGUUUAAGCAAUUUGAGUCAGGCCACCCCUAGCAGCCAGUACAGUUCACGCAGAAGUAACAGUUUUAGAAACCGGACUCAAGGGUCUCACAGCAGACAAUCCAGAAGUUCUACUUCUUCAGAGAGCUUUUCUGACUAUUGGGCCAAAUGGGAUGAACAGGCAUUCAACCAUAAAAAAGAGGGUUCUUCAGAGAAGACCUGGCAAAAGUCAAAGGGCGACCGUAGCAAGACAACAAGCUCAAACCCUCAAGAAGCUGAAAGGUGGUUCAGACAAGCUGAGUGUGAUUUAAAAGCUGCAGAACAUGAUGCCGGACAUCAACACACAGAAUGGGUGUUUUUUAAAAUACACCAAGCUGUGGAAAAAGCUUUGUUUUCUGCUCAGUAUAUGAAAUGCGGGAAUGUUGAUACAAAUGUUAACAUACAUCCUUUAGCCAACAAUGUUUCUACAUUUGAUGGCUGUCUGAAUGGCAUCAAUGAGCAAGUGCUACAGAUGCAAAGACAUGGAGUAGACAAGCUAAAAACACAGUAUCCCAAUUACCACAGCCCACCUGGCAUCCCCAACGAUUGUAUUCCACAGGAUAAAGAGCAGGAAGUCAUUGGUUUGGCUAAAGAUGUGCUCAAGAAAAUAAAGUCGUAUGUAUAUCAGUAAUGGGAAUAAAUCACAUUUAAUUAAGUUUUAGUAUGUUGCAGAUAGGGUUGUUGACACCAGCACACAUAAAGCACAUUAAUUGUGACAUGAGAUUAUUACAGGUAAUAUAACCUUUACUGAUUAUGCCUUUGCCCAGGCUGUCUUCAUUAACCUUCAUUCUGACUUUCAUACAGGUAACUUGUGGCUAGUAACUAGUUAAAUAUUUCAAUUCCAUACGGGAAAGCCACAGAACAAAAAAGGCAAACACACACCACGAAUUCACCAUUGUUUUCUGUUUUGUAUAAUUUUAUAGAAUAUACAGCCAAUGGGGAAGAUUGCUUAACUAACAUAGCAAGAUGUACAGUAAAAAAAUAUACCCAUAAAAGCAAGCUCUUGGUAUACUUUUUGGUUGCUGGGAUCACUGACCCUAUUGAGUAGCAUUUUGAAUUUUAAAAAACAAGUAAUUUUCGGGAAACACCUCUAUUUACAUGGUUUGUCUUUUUGUGUGUUCAACUUGGCCGCUGCCACUUACAACAGUAAUCUUGUCUUUGUAUUUAUAAAA